AAUGUAUAAAUUUGUAAAGAUGAAUGCUGGACUAAAUCUUUAGAUUAUGAUAUCGAAGAAAAAGAAGAAGAAAACUUUCCGUUUAUUUUCAUUUUAUACAUUAGAUUAUAAUUUGCUUGGCUUUAUUGUUAAAAUAAUAUUCGAUUAUAAAUUUCAUGUAAUUCAAACAAAAUGGAUGUGCAACAAAAAGUUGUUAAGAAUGAAAUCGUUAUUGAAAAUAAAAUUUUUUGGAAUAUGGAUAUUAAACAAGAAUUGAGUGAUGAUGUUGCUGUGGCUGAUUUUCAAAAUGUUGAUAUUAAUAUUAUUAAACAAGAAAUUAAUGACGAAAUAAACACAGUUGGAGAAUCUGUGAUUAAAAUCAAAACAAAGAGGGACAGCUCUCACAAGGUUAAUGUAUCCAACAUUGGGAACACAUUUCAAUAUUCUGGAAAACGAAAUAAAUCAAAAGGAUUUCUUAAAAAUGGACAACAUCUAAAUCUAGAUAUUAUUGCUGGGAUUAUGAUCUGUAGAUUUUGUGGAAAUUUAUACACGGAACUAAAAGAAUUCGUUCAUCACUUCUCUACAAAUCAUUGUGUGAAUAAGAGAAAAUUAUAUUUGGAAACUAAGUUAUACAAGAAAAAUCUAUUUUACAGAAGAAGACAAGAAACUGAUACUGUCGUUCCAAGGAUUCGUUAUGAAGAUGUUAAAAAUGAAAUUGAAAUUGUGGAACAUGCUUUGAAAGAAGAAAAAGGCAUCAGCUUUAUUGAUAAUUUUCAGUUGAAUUUAGAUGAUAGUAAGAAAUUGGAGAAAAGUGAAUUAAACGGAUGUAUGCCUGUUUACACAAAUGAAAAUCGCAUUCAUACUGGAAAAAAGCCAUUCCAAUGUAAAAUUUGUUUAAAAACGUUUUCACAGAAACAAAGUAUAAUUGAACAUUUGCGCAGUCAUACUGGAGAAAAACCAUUGAAAUGUGACGUUUGCUCAAAAAAUUUUAGACAUAAAAGUAGUUUUGAUGUACAUAUGCGUAUUCACACUGGAGAAAAGCCAUUCAAAUGUAACAUUUGCUUAAAAAUUUUUUCACUGAAAACUCAGUUGAAUAUACAUAUGCGCAUUCAUACUGGAGAAAAGCCCUACCAAUGUAACAAUUGUUUGAAAACUUUUAGACAGAAAUGUCAUUUAAACGAGCAUUUACGUUGUCACACUGGAGAAAAGCCAUUCAAAUGUAAAAUUUGUUUAAAAACUUUUACACAGAAAAGUCAUUUAAACGAGCAUUUGCGUUGUCACACUGGCGAAAAGCCAUUCAAAUGUAACAUUUGUUCAAAAACUUUUUCACAGAAAUGUUAUUUGAUUGAACAUUUGCGUUGUCACACAGGAGAAAAACCAUUCAAAUGUGACGUUUGUUUAAAAGCUUUUGGACAGAAACGUAAAUUGAAUGUACAUAUGCAAAUUCACACAGGAAAAAAUCUAUUAAAAUGUGGUGUCUGUUCAAAAACAUUUUUACUGCAAGCUCAUUUGAAUACACAUAUGCGCAUUCACACUGGAGAAAAGCCAUUCAAAUGUGACGUUUGUUCAAAAACUUUUUUACUGAAAGUUUAUUUAAAUACACAUAUGCGUAUUCACACUGGAGAAAAGCCAUUUGAAUGCAACCUUUGUUCAAAAACUUUUUCUCAGAAACGUUAUUUGUUCGAACAUUUGAGCUAUCACACAGGAGAAAAGCCAUUCAAAUGUGACGUUUGUUCCAAAGCUUUUAGCCACAAGAAUACCUUGAAUGUACAUAUGCAAAAUCACACAGGAAAAUCACCAUUAAAAUGUGAAGUUUGUUCAAAAACUUUUUCACAGAACCGUAAUUUGAUCGAUCAUAUGCGUAGUCACACAGGAGAAAAGCCAUUCAAAUGUGAUAUUUGUUCAAAUACUUUUUCACAAAAACGUAAUUUGAUCGGACAUUUGCGUUGUCACACAGGAGAGAAACCAUUCAAGUGUGACGUUUGUUCAAAAGCUUUUAGGCAGAAAAGUAACUUGAAUGUACAUAUGCGUAUUCACACUAGAGAAAAUCCAUUUAAAUGCGAAAUUUGUUCAAUCACUUUCGCACAGAAAUGUAGUUUGAAUCACCACUUGAAGUGGCACAAAGAAGAACAGCUAUUUAAAUGUGCCACUUGCUUGAAAUCUUUUUUAAAGAAAACUAGUUUAAUUGCACAUUUGGUAUCUCACACUGGAGAAAAGCCAUUCAAGUGCGACGUUUGUUCAAAAGCUUUUAGACAGAAAAGUACCUUGAAUGUACAUCUGCGCAUUCACACAGGAGAAAAACCAUUCAAAUGCGAUAUUUGUUCAAAUACUUUCACACAGAAAUGUAGUUUGAAUCAACAUUUGCAUCGACACAAAUAAGUAAAACUAUUCAGAUAUAAAAACUUCUUUAAGGAAAACUUGUCUAAUUACAAAUGUUGAACUAAAGAGUUAUUUGAAUAAACAUCUACAUUUGCUUGUUACACUCUGUUUCCUUCGUAUAGGUAACUUGGAAUUAAAUUUCGUUAGAUAAAUGUUAGACUCACUAUUUAAUCUGGAAAGAUUUUCCCGAUUUUAGCAUCCCAAAAUCAAUAGUCUUUGCUUUUUAAUUAGUGGACCAAGUUGUUAUUGAGUUAUAUUUCUGGCAAAGAAAAAAUAUCACUCAAUGAAAAAUGUUGUAAUUAACAAUUGAGAAAAUACAAACUUAAAAUCUGUUUGAAAUUAAACUAAUUUAUCCAUAUUCGAUUUCGUGGUUGGUGCAGGAUUUCUAGCCCAAAUUUUUCUCUCAAGUUAAUCUCAUAAAUGCUCGAUACAUACAAUCGAUCCCGUAUUAUUGUUUCCUUUAUUUCAUUUAAAUUUUUUUUAUUGUAAUUAUUCCUCUUCCAUUUAUCACUAUAAUAAAAUUCAUUUUAAUACAAA